AUGGGGAAGAAAACCAAACUCCGCAAAACUGAAGCAACCUCUUCCACUAAGGAUAUCGGUGCUCUGCUCCGAGUCACACCGCUACUGCGGUGUGAGUAAUCCGUGCAGGAUUACUCUGAUUCCGGCUUGGAGGAGAGCGAACAGGGUGGCUCUCAAUACUCUGCCGGGCGAGUUGUACACAGCAAGAGACCUCCUCACACAGAGACAGACUUUGUAAUCACGUGGGCCAGCACUGUAUCUUGUCCGAAGAACAUACCUGCCAGUAAGGCCGACAUCCAGAACAUGCUGGCUGAGAUGAAGCUGCACUUUUCAGCUGACAUAGCAAUAGUCCGCCAAGACAUGGGGACAUGGGGGCUGCAGCCCCUGGAGGAUGAGAGGAGCACCUCCACAGACAAACAGGAGGAACUGACGGCUGACAUUGAUCAGUUGAAGCAGAUCACCCUCACUAUGGAGGGCAAAAUAACUGUGCUAGAGGAUGCAAAGCGUCAGCAAAAUCUGAGGCUCUGUGGAGUCCCUAAAGAUAUCAGAGGUGGAGGUAUUACACUACCUUCGUAG